GGGGGCGUGCUCCUGACCCCGGCAGCUUGCACGACCCGGCUCCGGGGCUAUGGCCGGGAGUGGGCGGCUAGCGCUGCGGAGCGUGGCCGGGCAGGGCUGGGUGCGGGGCUCGGGGCCGGCCGUGCUAAGCCGCCUACGGGACGCGGCCGUGGUACGGCCCGGCUUCCUGAGCGCGGCCGAGGAGGAGACACUGAGCAGCGAGCUGGAACCCCAGCUGCGCCGCCGUCGAUACGAGUACGAUCACUGGGACGCGGCCAUCCACGGCUUCCGAGAGACAGAGAAGUCGCGCUGGUCAGAGGCAAGCCGGUCGAUCCUGCAGCGUGUGCAGGCAGCCGCCUUUGGCCCCGGCCAGACCCUGCUCUCCUCGGUGCACGUGCUGGACCUGGAACCUCGGGGGUACAUCAAGCCACACGUGGACAGCAUCAAGUUCUGUGGAUCCACGAUUGCUGGCCUGUCCCUGCUGUCUCCCAGCGUCAUGCGGCUGGUGCACACCCAGGAGCCAGGGGAGUGGCUGGAACUCUUGCUGGAGCCGGGCUCCCUCUACAUCCUUAGGGGUUCGGCCCGUUAUGACUUCUCUCACGAGAUCCUUCGGGAUGAAGAGUCCUUUUUUGGGGAGCGUCGGGUUCCCCGGGGCCGACGCAUCUCUGUGAUCUGCCGCUCCCUCCCUGAGGGGAUGGGGCCUGGGGAGCCCGGGCAGCUUCCCCCACCCUGCUGACCCCGGGGCCCUCCCCCCCAGCUGCUCAAGACACCGUGUUUGUGAAUAAAGUUGGAGAGUGGACAA